GAUGUAUAUAUUCAAAGUGGCCGCGAAGACCACGCGGCACAGAGUGGGAAGAGUGCGAGCGAGCCACAAGAAUGUCCACAAACAUGGCGAUUUUGCAGGGUCUUCGGAGAUUUCCAUUUCCACUUCCACAAACCCUCACACCACUCCGUCACUCCUCCAAUCUCGCAACUCAACCACAAACAAAAUUCCCAGGCGAUUCAUCUCCCUUCGCCUCCGAUUUUCAUUGCUCCAUUUCGGACCCGUUAGCGUUGCGCGAAGUGCGAUUCAUCCAAGACGCUCCUUGUUGAAGUUCAUUGCUCGAUCGAUCGGUUGAUGAUUUCAGAUUUCAAUCCGUUGAAUUGAAAAUGUGCACACCUGGUACCGUUGGACUGUGAUUCCUAUUCAGAAAAUGGGCAUUCUAGAAAACGUUGUUGCCGGUUCUCACGUCUGGGUUGGAGAUCCAGAACUAGUUUGGAUUGAUGGACAAGUUUUGAAUAUUAAUGGAGAAGAAGCUGAAAUUCAAACAAGCAAUGAGAAGAAGGUUGUUUCCCGUUUAUCAAAGCUACAUCCCAAGGAUACAGAUGCUCCUACUGAUGGAGUUGAUGACAUGACCAAGCUUGCUUAUCUGCAUGAGCCUGGAGUGUUGCAUAAUUUGGAAACUAGAUACAAGAUCAAUGAAAUAUAUACUUAUACUGGAAAUAUUCUUAUUGCGAUAAAUCCCUUCCAAAGUCUUCCUCAUCUGUAUGAUGUUAAUGUGAUGAAAAGUUACAAGGGAGCAGUAGUUGGAGAUUUAAGCCCACAUGUUUUUGCUAUUGCUGAAGCAGCGUAUAGGGCCAUGAUUACUGAGGAGAAAAGCAACUCUAUUCUGGUUAGUGGCGAGAGUGGUGCUGGAAAGACAGAAACCACCAAAAUGCUAAUGUGUUACCUGGCAUUUUUGGGGGGUCACACUGCAUCUGAAGGACGGACUGUUGAAAAACAAGUUCUAGAAUCAAACCCAGUCCUUGAAGCAUUUGGUAAUGCAAAAACUGUAAGAAAUGACAAUUCCAGCCGUUUCGGAAAAUUUGUUGAGAUUCAAUUUAAUAAGUAUGGACGAAUAUCCGGGGCAGCCAUUAGAACUUAUCUGCUGGAGAAAUCUCGCGUUUGCCAAAUCUCAGAUCCUGAGCGUAAUUAUCACUGUUUCUACCUUCUCUGCGCUUCUCCUCCUGAGGAUAAGGAGAAAUAUAAGUUGGGAGAUCCCAGAUCAUUUCACUACCUUAAUCAAUCCAGUUGCUAUGAAUUAGCUGGUGUAAAUGCUGCUCAAGAGUAUCUUAGCACCAAGAGAGCCAUGGAUAUCGUGGGAAUCAGUCAGGAGGAGCAGGAUGCAAUUUUCAGAGUUGUAGCUGCUAUUCUUCAUCUUGGAAACAUUAAGUUUGCAAAGUCAGAAGAUUCUGAUUCAUCAGUUCUAGAAGAUGAAGAAUCCAUUUUCCGUCUCCAAACAACAGCAGAACUUCUAAUGUGUGAACCUGAUGCUUUAGAAGUCGCACUUUGUAAGCGCGUGAUGAUCACCCCAGAAGAAAUCAUCAAGAGAAGUCUUGAUCCUAUUGGUGCAACAGUUAGCAGGGAUGGUCUAGCCAAGACAUUAUAUUCUCGUUUAUUUGACUGGAUAGUCAAUAAAAUCAAUAACUCCAUUGGGCAGGAUCCUAGCUCAAAAUAUCUCAUUGGUGUUCUUGACAUAUACGGCUUUGAAAGCUUUCGAACUAAUAGUUUUGAGCAAUUUUGUAUUAAUUUCACAAAUGAAAAGCUGCAGCAGCACUUCAACCAGCAUGUGUUUAAGAUGGAGCAAGAGGAAUACACAAAAGAAAGGAUUGACUGGAGCUACUUAGAAUUUGUAGAUAAUCAAGAUGUAUUGGAUCUCAUUGAAAAGAAACCGGGUGGAAUCAUAGCUCUGCUUGAUGAAGCUUGUAUGUUUCCCAAGUCAACUCAUGAAACAUUUGCACAAAAGCUUUAUCAGACAUUCAAAGAUCACAAACGCUUCAUCAAGCCUAAAUUGGCACGCUCUGACUUUACUAUUGUUCAUUAUGCAGGGGAGGUUCAGUAUCAGUCUGAGCAGUUUAUAGACAAAAACAAAGACUAUGUUGUUCCUGAACAUCAAGACAUGCUAAGCACUUCCAAAUGUUCAUUUGUAUCAGGCCUUUUUCCUCCACUUUCUGAGGAGACAGCCAAAUCUGCAAAGUUUUCUUCUAUUGGUUCUCGUUUUAAGCUACAAUUACAACAACUGAUGGAGACGCUCAAUCUGACAGAGCCUCACUAUAUUAGAUGUGUGAAGCCUAAUAAUCUAUUAAAACCUGGCAUAUUUGAGAAUAUGAACAUCAUCCAACAAUUACGUUCUGGUGGUGUUCUUGAAGCUGUAAGAAUUAAAUGUGCUGGAUUCCCCACUCACAGAACAUUUCAUGAUUUUUUAACUCGAUUAGGCAUUCUUGCACCUGAGGUUAUUCGAGGAAACUUUGAAGAAAAGGAUAAAUGUAAAAUGCUUUUGGAGAAGAUUGGGCUGACAGGUUAUCAGAUAGGGGAAACACAAAUAUUUCUAAGAGCUGGUCAGAUGGCUGAAUUGGAUGCUCGGAGGGCACGCGUACUUAGCAAGUCUGCAACUAUUAUCCAGAAGCAGAGUAGAACUCAUUUUAGUCGAAAAACAUAUAUUGCAUUGCGAAAGUCCUCUGUCACGGUGCAGUCCUUUUGCAGAGGAGAAUUGGCCCGGAUAUCAUAUUAUCACAUGAAGAGGGAAGCAGCUGCAAUCAGAAUUCAGAUGUACACGCGUGGAAAAUUAGCCAGAAAAUGGUACACUGAAAUAAGGAUUUCUGCCAUUGUCUUGCAGACAGGUUUUCGGGUAAUGGCUGAUUGCUAUAAAUUGAGAUAUAGAAAGCAAAGUAAAGCUUCAACUCAUAUUCAGUCUUACUGGCGUAGACAUAAAGCUCUCGUUGAAUAUCAGGACCUUAAAAAGGUGUCAAUCAUUCCACAAAGCGUCAACCAUCCCACGGAUGAACAUGAACAUGAACAUGAACAUGAAUAUGAACAUGAACAUGAACAUGAACAUAAGGUUUUGGAGAUAUCAGUAGAAAAUGAAAGUCCUUGUGUGGAAGAAUCUUCAAAUUCUUCCAAAGAAGAAUCCUCAAGUCCUUUUCAAGAUAAUGAAAGCAUUGAAGCGAUCAGGGAUUCCUCUAGUCCUUUGGGAGACACUGAAAAGUAUGAGGCUCUCACUGCAGAAAUAAAAAACUUGAAGGUCAUGUUGCAGGAGGAAAAACAAAAAGCUGAUGAAUAUGAAAGGAAAUACGUAGAAGCUCAAGAAUCAAGCGAAGAGUUACGGAAAAAAUUAGCAGAAACUGAAAAAAGAGUAUAUCAGCUUCAGGACUCAUUAAACAGGAUGAUAUCUUCCAUGUCAAGUCAAGUUGCCGAGCUGAAGAUGAUCUUAAGCACUUCUUCAAGAUUGAGUUCAACUUUUCGACCUAUUGCUAGAGUUGAUGUUGCUUCCAGUAACUCUGAUAGUUCAUCCACAGACUCUGAUUUCACAUUUCCGGCACCUGUUUCAAAUCCAGAAGCUUUCUCUUCCCCGAAGCCAAAAUCUUUUGAACUAGUAGUUCAGGAUAUCACUGCAGCCGAUGGAUCAGGAUCUGAAAGUGAAAAGGAAGGUUCGUUUGAUGACUUCUUCUAGUAAAACUUGUAUUUCUUCGAUCUGGCUUAAAUUUUCAUUUCCUCUAUGUUUCUGGGAAACAAGGAGGAAUGGCAGAGAGGAAUGGAGGUGGCAUUGGUUAAGCAGGUCGCUCCUUCUGUCGCAUACCCUCCUCAGUACAAAUUUGUAGAUACGCAGUUUAUCUCAGGAUCCUGUAGAUCAGUCAGGUAGAGGUAGCAAAAAAGUUCAUCUAUGAUGAACUUGUUGAUUAGUGGUUCAUCUUGUUCACAUCCAUUCAGAGUUCUAAUCCUUUUUUAUGUCAGAUGACACACUGACAAUUUUGUACAUAACAUCUUUCCAGAGGUUUCUUGUUUUCUGUCUUUGUGGUUUUCAACCUUACUAAGUUGUAACACCAUCUGCUUCGAGCAUCAUCUCCUCCGGGUAACAUUUGCAUUUA